UGACGCGUCCGAGGAAAGGCAAAGCGGCUCCGUCCCGGCUGCAGAGGCACCGGUGCAGCUCUUCUCCCCACCCUGAGGAUGGUGUCGCCGCCGCCGCCGCCGCCCGGCCUCCUCCUUCCCCCUCCCGCGCCCUCCUCACCCGCCAGCCCCUCCGGCACAUCCCCCCGCGGGUCAUCGGGGCUGUUUCGCGUGCCUGCGCUCUGCCUGGCGUGGUACGCGCUGAGCGCUGGCGGGAACGUGGUGAAUAAGGUGCUGCUGGGCGCAUUCCCGCGGCCCGUGACAGUCUCGCUCUGCCACGUGCUGGGCUUAGUGGCGCUCCUGCCCCCCUUGUUACGGGCCUGGCGCGUGCCCGCCGCCAGCCCAGCCCAGCUUCCUCCUCGCGCGUACCCGCGUCUCAUCCUUCCGCUCGCCUUUGGCAAGUACUUAGCCUCCGUCUCAGCCCACGUCUCCCUUUGGCGCGUCCCAGUCUCCUACGCUCACACCGUUAAAGCAACAAUGCCUAUUUGGGUUGUUCUGCUGUCAAGAAUCAUCAUGAAGGAAAAGCAGACAACCAAGGUGUAUUUAUCCCUCAUCCCUAUUAUUGGUGGAGUCCUGCUGGCCACAGUUACGGAACUCUCAUUUGACACUUGGGGACUUAUAAGUGCCCUGGCUGCAACUCUCUGCUUCUCACUUCAGAAUAUUUUCUCUAAGAAGGUAUUAAGAGACUCACGAAUACACCAUCUCCGGCUGUUGAACAUCCUUGGGUGCCAUGCUGUGUUUUUCAUGAUCCCAACAUGGGUGUUGGUUGAUCUGUCCUCAUUCCUUGUAGAAAAUGACUUGAGUUCAAUGGCCCAUUGGCCGUGGACCAUCCUUCUCUUGGCCAUCAGUGGCUUCUGCAACUUUGCCCAGAAUGUCAUCGCCUUCAGCAUCCUGAACCUUAUCAGCCCUCUGAGUUACUCUGUUGCAAAUGCCACAAAAAGGAUCACUGUCAUUAGUGUCUCCCUGAUCAUGCUUCGCAACCCUGUCACCACCACCAAUGUUCUGGGCAUGAUGACUGCUAUCCUGGGAGUGUUUUUGUACAACAAGACCAAGUAUGAUGCAAACCAGGAAGCAAAGAAACAGCUCCUUCCCAUCACGACGGGAGAUCUAGCAAACCUGGAUCGGCGCUGGAGUACCCCUGAAAAGUCUCAGAAUGGACUUGCCUCCUUUGCACAGCAUGGAGAUUUCCAGUAUGGUAGCAGAGGCAAUGUCCUCGUAGAUCACUUCCAGUAUUCCCGGCAGAACUAUCCAGCAUUGUAUAGCUCCAGUCGCUAUGAUAUUUAGCGAGGGCUUAUUCAUGGCUGGACAAUGUGAACUGUUCACAUGGAAUUUUCCCCCUCCACUUGUGUGACUGUUCAGUCUCAAGGAGCAGCUGAGGUCUGUAUAUAAGUCCCAUGGAGGGGAAAUGCUAUAGAAAAGGGUACUGCAUGCCAAGCAAUACUUGCUAAUGGAAGGAACCACUGGGGUGGGUUUCAUCAGUUAAAAUUUGGCCAUGCAAGAGCCCCAAUCUAUAGCCUGAGUCUGUGAUUGCCAGAUGCCCCUGAACUUGUUGGUUGUCCAUGGUAGCACAAACGUGGCCAGUAUUUCCUUUUUCACUCCUGCUUUUACAUCUUUUUGAGUUGCAUUCUGCUUUACUUUUCCAUUAAUCUAAGUUGUUUUCAAAAUGCAGCAAAAGCAACCCUUUUUCUCAGUCUCUCUUUUUUGUGGAAAUGAGGAGAAGGUUUGUUGUAUUCUGUCAUGAGAGUAGUUUAGCUGCUCUUCAGUUGCCUUGGUUUGCAGCAUUGUGAGGGGGGUUGCCAAAAACGAAAAAGCAUUUCUUUCUAUUCAGUGUGGUUUUGUUUUUUUCAGACUUUGGAAAAAGAAUGAAUGAACUUGUUCUAAAAAAUAAUCAUGUCAUAGCAGGAGUUUGCUGCUGGCAGUGUGUGGCAAAUAUGGAUUUGAAAUCCUCCCUUUCUCACUCCUGUUUUAAUCAUGAAGUCUCAAAACCUUUUUAGUUUGUUCCCCCCCCCCCCCCCCACAUACAAAAAGGUGAAGCAAAGAGAUCCAUAUGGAGCGCUAUUUGCUCCAUAUGGCAAAGCCUCUUAAUAAUAUCAUGCAGCUUCAGGAAUCAUUUUCUGAGGGCUCUCCUCUCCUAUUUUAUAAGGAUCAUAAAAAAUACCGCUGUGGGUAUUGGUCUAUCCUGAUGUCAGAUUUGGGCAUAAUUCAUGUUGUUGGGCUUAAUUGUUUAUGUUGUCUCUGUACUACAUCUUCAUACUUUCUCUCCUGCUGUAGCUGACGUUUGCUUUUUGCCUCCUAAACUGUCUUCUCCUGGGUACUGAAACUGGAGCAACUUGCUCUUUCUCUUGCACUAUUAGUAGCUGAAACUUUCAGCAAAAGUCUGUGAUAUGUCCACUAUGCUCUUGUGAGUUUGUAAUCAUGUUUCUGGGUUGCCCAGGUAAGACAGAGGCCCUUAGCUUAUACAAGAAAGCAAGUCUUGGACAGGAGCCAAAAAACUUGGCCAUUUUUUUUUUUAUUUGACUGGACCCUGCUGAUGGUGGGAAGGCCUAGUAUGCACAUCAAUUUCGGGUGUCCAUUUGAUUUUCUUAAAACUGCUUUCUUCCUUGAGCAAAGUGAGCAAAGGGAAGCUAAAAACAUGUGAGUGCUCUAACCUGGGUACGGAAAAGAGAACGCAGCUCUGAAUGAAAGGAAGCCAUCUGUGCUAUCUGCAAUUUGGAAAGAAGGUUUGCAUUCUGUAAUAAGGCCCCUCAUGAGGGCUGCAAUAUGGGGAGGUUGCAGGGACUAGUAAGGGAGAAUUAAUCCGGCCCUGAUCUGUUCCCAAAGCAUUUCACAAGGUCUGAGGUGACUAUGCCGAGAGAGCACUAUCUUGCUUCUUUCCAAGCUAUUUAGGCUUCAUCUCUUCUGCCUUCUUUCUAGAGCAGAAAGACUGGGAAUGUCUCUAUACAUCCCUCUCUUUUCAUAACGCUAAAGCAUUGAAAACAGAUGGGAAAUAGAAGAAAGUGGGCAAGAGCUUUUUUUUUUCUUUUUAAGGUGUGUGCUGUAGAAGAACAGUGAGACUUGGACUUACAUGAGCAUGCCUGGCCAUUAAAUCAAAACACAAUGAGAACUAUUCCUACACAGUUGGGGCAAGAGACCAGGGUCAGGAUGGGGGAAGAUAGAUUUAUGCAACAAAAAUAGCAGAAAUAAUUUACUUCUGAAAAGGACACGGGAUCCCAAAAUGACAAAGUGGAGGUAAUUCCUCACAUGUGAGCUGCCUUCUGCACCAAGUGCGUUUGUCCGAAGAGAGUGAAUAUACUUUCUGGUUUUCUAAUAAAUGUAUGAGAAAAGAAAAGCAUAAAUAAAAAAAGAUUGAGAUCUCACCAGGUUUAGGACUAGUGAAGAAUAGUUUCCUAUGUUAUGGUAGUUCAGUUGGGAGCACAAAGUGCCAAUUGUCUGGUCUAUUUGCUUUCUUCUAAUAUCCAUUAAACAUUCCAGUGUCAUUCCUGGUGUAGCGAUGCAAAGCUGGUAAUAUUUUGAUUUUUAAGAGGCUUGUUGAGGCAUAAAUGGUUGAAUUAACUAGGAAUGUCCAGAGUUCAGUGUAAAACAGUAAGAGCUAGUAAGUUGUAGCAUGUUGUCACAUGUCUUCCCUUUGUAUCCUUUCACAGGGUCAGGCCGGGCAGAGAUUCAUCUUCUCUCCCUUCCCCCUAGAUUCUCUGAAGCCCCUCAGUCUGAAAGCAGUUGGAGGCAUUGGGAACCAUGUCUCAGCAGCAGGGUGCUGAUUGUAACUGAUGCAGUGGUCAUAAACUAUUUCAAUAUUGGGUGGUUUUAACCCAACUAGAGCCAAGAGAAAAGAAUAGGGCAAAGUAUGAUUUUGCCCUACAUGUGACAAGAACACAACAUUAGAUUCUCAAAAAACAUUUCCAAGUUAUUUCACGAUUCAGAAAAAAGGGCCAAUAUUUGGAGUAUUGUAUCUACUCUGGGCCUGCUUGUCAUACUAAUUUUGGGUGUCCCAUUUAUUCCCAUAUUUAUUUGUCUUGGGAGGGGGUGACUGAGGGCAUAACUGUGUGCAUGUAUGUAUGUUGGGGGGGGCGCACGUGAACUUGUGUAUAUGUAAUUGGAAAUCCUAAUAUGUACUUGGCUUUGAGUGUGUUGUAAAACUUCUGUAAUUCCCCCAAAGCAAAACAAUCAAUUAGAACAAAGAGCUAGCUUUUAAAAGUUGUAAAAAUUGGCUUUUAGGUCUAAGCUUCAACAAGCAACUUAUUUUUGUAAAUUAGUAAAAUUUUGUCUCUCACAAAAAGGGUCAGGCUUGUUUUUUCUGGUGCUUGGAAAAUUCAUGCUAAGGACAAUUUACAUAUCAUGUCCUUGCCUUUUUUUUUUUUAAUGCACAUCCCUGGAUAGUCAAGUGAAGGCCUUGGAUGAUGGCUUCUGAUACCUGCAGAAGUCAAGGUGGAAUGACAAGAUUUGUAAAUACCAAAGCAUGCUAGAAAGUACUGGUGAGCAGGGAAUGCCACGCUCCCUCAAUCUGGUGUCUUCCAAAUUUGUCAGGUGUUACUUCACGUAAUCCCAGACAAUAUGGCCAAAUUCUGAUGCUAACUAGAAAUUAUGAAAAUUAAAAGCAAACAGAUUGGAGAAAGCUGGGGUAUAAUAUUGCAGAGUUCAAGAAUAUUUGAAUAUGGUAAAGAACAAAUUCCCUAAAACGUUUGAAGACUCUUCUUUUCCAACUACCCUUAGAAUCAUAAUGCAAAGACUAGGAGCAUGAGGAGCAGGAAGAGGACUAGAGAAGAGUCACGUUAAGUCCUGGUCAUGCCCUUGAAUACCUUGCUGGAGUAUCUUUUUGCUGAAAUCUUUUCUUUGCAUGAACACAAAUGUUAGGUUCAAGCUGCACAUUAGGCAGCAUGGCAAGUUGGUCACUGCUUUCUGUGUCUUUUAGAACAUUACUUUUCUAAGCCUCCCCUGCCGUGGGAGGAAACUUUUCAAAAUGUUAGUCUUUUGUGAAUUGGGGCAGCUUGGGAAAGGGCGCAUGGAGCAUCCCUAGGGCACCUGAGCCAACUCUGGCUUUUGAGUCUGAGUAACUUGGAAGUCUGUUCUUUUCAAACUGGCAAGAUGGACCUGCUUCCAAAUAAAUGUUUAGAAUUGUGUAGUCAGUCACUUGCCUCUCAGAGGGGCAGUCUCUCUCGAUGAUUUGUAAAUGGCAUUGACAAUGUCUGAAAAAGGAAUAUUUAAUCGAAUUGAUAGGUGUGGAUGUAUAUAUUAUAAAUAAAUGCAGUCACUCCUGUCCUAAGUAAGGUGAACUUUUUUCAGGUUUUAUUUGUAGUGUACAGGAACCAUGAUUUUUUUAGUCUGCACAUUUAAAAAUUGGAUAAAACAAAGUGUGUUGUAAUUAUGCUUUUUAAAUAUUGAAUAUGUAAAUAAAGCUGAAUUCUGCAGAGUUGAAA